GGUCGGGUCCUGUGUCAGCAAGCCUUGCGGGCGCUCGGGAGGGACAUGGCGGGCUGUGCGGCCCGGCGGGCCCUGGUCGCUGGCAGUCGCUGGUGGUCCCGGUCAUUGACCAGGGCACAGGGGCCGAGGCCGCUCUGUGCAGCGGGUGGAGCUGGGGCCUUUCCGCCAGCGGCAACCACGACGACACGGAGGCACCUCUCGUCCCGGAACCGACCAGAGGGCAAAGUUUUGGAAACAGUCGGUGUGUUUGAGGUGCCAAAACAGAACGGAAAAUAUGAGACUGGGCAGCUUUUCCUUCAUAGUGUUUUUGGCUACCGAGGUGUUGUCCUGUUUCCCUGGCAGGCCAGACUAUAUGACCGGGAUGUGGCUUCUACAGCUUCAGAAAAAGCAGAGAACCCUGCUGGCCAUGGCUCCAAGGAGGUUAAAGGCAAAACUCACACUUACUAUCAGGUGCUGAUCGAUGCCCGAGACUGUCCACAUAUAUCUCAGAGGUCCCAGACAGAAGCUGUGACCUUCCUGGCUAACCAUGAUGACAGCCGGGCCCUCUAUGCCAUCCCAGGCCUUGACUAUGUCAGCCAUGAAGACAUCCUGCCCUACACCUCCACUGAUCAGGUUCCCAUCCAACACGAGCUCUUUGAAAGAUUUCUUCUGUAUGAUCAGACAAAAGCACCCCCUUUUGUGGCUCGGGAGACAUUACGGGCCUGGCAGGAGAAGAACCACCCCUGGCUGGAGCUCUCCGAUGUCCACCGGGAAACAACCGAGAACAUCCGUGUCACUGUCAUCCCCUUCUACAUGGGCAUGAGGGAAGCUCAGAAUUCCCACGUCUACUGGUGGCGCUACUGCAUCCGCUUGGAGAACCUUGACAGUGACGUGGUACAGCUCCGGGAGCGGCACUGGAGGAUAUUCAGUCUGUCUGGCACCUUGGAGACAGUGCGAGGCCGAGGGGUGGUGGGAAGGGAACCAGUGUUAUCCAAGGAGCAGCCUGCGUUCCAGUACAGCAGCCAUGUCUCCCUGCAAGCUUCCAGUGGGCACAUGUGGGGCACCUUCCGCUUUGAGAGACCUGAUGGCUCCCACUUUGAUGUCCGGAUCCCUCCCUUCUCCCUGGAAAGCAAUAAAGAUGAGAAGACCCCACCGUCAGGCCUUCACUGGUAGGCCAGCUGAGGCCCCGGAUGCCCAGGCUUGGGCCUGCCGCAGGAGAGCGUUAAUCCCACAGUCGCUGCAGCACUCGUCUCCCCAUCGCGGGCCACAGCAGGUCUCUCCACUGUUGGCGUCAUUUGAUUGUGUUUUCUGAGGAGGUAACUGUUUUCUCCGGAACAUCCACGUGGGACUCCUCCAAGGCUGGCCCCCCAUAAGCUCCGCCUACACUGUGUUCUAGUCAACCUUUCCAUGAGGACCUUGGUGUGUUCAGCUGCCGCAGGCCUGGGGGAGCUUCCUGGCCUGUCACACAAGUUAUUUGAAAGUAAGGUUUGGUCAAUAAACUAGUGCACGCCUGGCCACACCCUUGCCAUUUCUGUUCCCAGGGUCUCAGGCUCCCCUUCUGACCUUUACGUCUUACCCUUCCAGGCAGCUGCCCCCUCCAGAGGCUGGGGGCUGGCUGGAUAGCUUCCACGGUCACCAUGUCUCACCCAGUGGGGUGGGGGCUGGACUGGACUCGUCUUCGUUACCCCUUGCAAAAUACACAGGCAGGUGCCAGCAUUAGGUCAGAGGAGUGGCCUGGCUUUUAGCACCACUGACAUCUCUGGCAUCUCCAGGCCUGGAGAGGAGUGAGGCCAGCUGGGUCUCCAGGAGCAACGGGUUUUCUAGCUGUGAGCCUGGCAGUCUGUUAAGCACCCCAACCACAAAGGCAUACCUGAGGAACAGCUUUGGGUAUGAAUGGUAACUAAGCUCUCUCAGAUCUCCAAGGGUCGGGUGUGAAUUGUGCUGCAUUUUGCCCUGAUUGUAUCUUACAAAGUUCUGGGAGAGGGCAGGGAGGUGUAGAGGAGGAUUGAGGGGAUCCUGCCUCCUGACCCGUGUGCUGACUGUGUAACAGAGGUAGUUCUAUUCUUGAAUUAAUAUUAAGCCUCAGCUCCACACCUUGUUAGUGUUGCCCUUAAUCUUGCACCAGGGGGAGCCUGGGUUUCAGGGCAACUGAGUACAGCUGGUCUUGUGAGAACACAAGGUCAGGUGGUGAAGGGAAGUACAGGAAUGACGCCUACAGCAGUGAGCUGGUCAAGCCAUACCGGAGUAAACACGGCUCUGUGCCAU